CCUGUGCUGUGUAGGCACCGAGUACACUACACAUCAUGCCCACUUGCCUUAACCCUCUUGUAGCAAGAAAAAAAUUGUGAACUCAUCAGAAGUGCCCUCCCCAGGAUCAGUGCCCAACUGAAACAUCCUGGGAGGGGAGGGAUUGUCUCCGAGGUUAUAAAAAGUUCUUGGCUCUUGCAGCUUGCCAGCUGGCCAUUCUCCUUCUCCACCACCAUCACCACCAUGCUGCUGCCCUGAGUGGGAGGAUUCCAUGGUCUGGCUUGGGAAGGUGGUCACGUCCCUGCCUAAGAGGGCAUGCAGGUUGUCGUAGAAGCGCCAUUUUUGCGGCAAUGCACCUCACUGUCCAUUUGCCUCCUUUGUCUAGUGAUGAACUGCCUCAACUCCUUUAUUUUAACAUGGCGCUGCUGGGCGUCCCCGGCAUAUCCUUUUUUCUCCAUGUGCUUUGAGAUCUUUGUAUAGAUAUCAGUGUUUCUUUUGGUGGUUCAAAGCUCCAAGAGAAUGGAUUCCUCUCCCCCAUGCCUCUGAGGUCCAAGAUUUCCUUCACACUCCAUGCUCGUGCUCUUCUGCUCCAUUGGGUCCUGGAGUUCAUGGAACUUGAAUUCAUGAAACUCACAGCCAGGUGUGCUGCCUUCUCUGAGGUGUACUCGCAACGCUGUCCACAUAGGAAAUAAAAUUCAAACUUUCCUGGUGCUUUUCCUGUUCAUCUGGAGAGCAGUAGAGGUGCAAGUUCUGGCCAGAGUGGUCAAAGCACAGCAUUGUGGGAUGCCUCCCAGAGACAAAGAAUGUCAACUUUCACAAUGCUUGGUCUGCACUACUGUAGAGUCAACCAUACAAGGUCAAAUAUUGCGUUACUCCUCAUGUAAAGCAGGAGUAUUGAAAUCUACUUCAGCAGCCCUUAAGGUCAACAGAACAGGGUAGGAAUUGUGGACUAAGUGUUUUGAAAAUUAACCUUUAUGCAGCUAAAGUUUGACCUAAUCUCCUAGUGUAGACCAGACCAUAGUCUCGGUUGGCAAGUUUAAGUAGUAUGCUAAUAUAAGCAUUUUUUCACAAGAGAGUGACUUUUCAUGUAACGGGGGUAAAAGUGAAUGUUUUGAAAUUUCAUGGAAAAAUUCUGUUACGAAUUGAAGCAGUUUGUGUUAGGCCUACUUUUUCAUAGUUGGGCUAGAGGUAUUUGCAGUUAGUUGCAUGAUUACAUGAUCUUGCAAAUCCGAGCUUACACACUGAUGUUUAUGGGAAAGAGAAAGCUUCUUUGUUUGAAAAUUUGGCCCAAAAGACAAGUAAUUAAAGAUGGAUCCUUUAAUUACGAGGGUAAAAUCCUGGCCUAUUGAAGUCAAUGGAAGUUUUGCCAUUGUCUUCACUGGGACCAGGCAUUUACCCCAGCUACAUAGCGCCAUCUGUAAAUUCCUUAGGGCAAAGACCAUGCAUUAUAAUCUGUAAAUAGAGCACUAAGCAUGUGUUGUUCAGCCAGAAGCAAGAUCCAGGAACUAUGGAGUGUAGAAUUUAUCAUUCAGUUUGAUAAAAUGCGGAGAAUGGAAGCUAAUAGAAGUUGAAGAUGCCCAACACCUUGCAGAUUUUUUUUUAAAUGAUGAAUCAAAUAGUCUUGUCUUCUCCCUCUUUUCACUAUCCCACUUAGCAGCCAUUACUUUUUUCACAAAUCCUUCAUCAUUUCAGAGUGAUUUGAACCUCUAUCUCUCCUGAGGAGCAAAUGUGUUAUAUGGGUGUGAAAGGUUUGUACAGCAUUAGGGCCUAAACUAUAAACUAGUCUUUUUGAUAACUGUCAUGAGCUAUAGAAAAAUGUAUACUGCUGUAGGAAUACAAGUAUGUUUACCCUUAAGUUCAUUGCUAACCAGCUACAAAAACUGUUCCCUUUUGUUUGUAUUUAGAGUUAGUGUGCAAAAUUUUGGAAACUUGUUCUGUAAUUUUGCACCUGCUAUUGUGGGGUCAAAUCUUGAAAUUUAGCUAUCUUAACUGUCUGAUUUCAGUUAAAUAAAUAAAGUGGAUGACUACAUUCUGUUGUUUGUGCCUAUAAAACUAGAAGAUGGGUUGAGACCAGUUUGAAAACUUAGCUGAUGAAUUGCAAAUACAAGAUUUGACAAGUUCUGAAUUUAACAAUUACUUGCGUCUAGGUCAUGUUCCUUGGGGAGCUGGAGGAGAUCUUGGAUGUGAUUGAACCUUCACAGUUUGUCAAAAUUCAGGAACCUUUGUUUAAACAAAUUGCCAAGUGUGUUUCUAGUCCUCACUUUCAGGUGGCAGAAAGGGCACUGUAUUAUUGGAAUAAUGAAUAUAUCAUGAGUUUGAUAGAAGAGAACUCCAACGUUAUACUUCCCAUCAUGUUCUCCAGUCUGUAUAGGAUUUCUAAAGAACACUGGAAUCCGGCAAUUGUAGCUUUAGUCUACAAUGUAUUGAAGGCGUUUAUGGAAAUGAACAGCACCAUGUUUGACGAGCUGACAGCCACUUACAAGUCAGAUCGUCAGCGUUUAUCCAAAGCAGCAGGUGAAAAAAAUGAGGAAACUUCGGGAACUCCGGGCAGUUUGCGACUUCGUUUAAGUCGUGUCUUUUGUGUGACUCGGGGUUCCCACAAGCAAAGUGAAGGGUACUGUAUGUCAUCAAACCUUCUUAGUGAGAAGAAAAAAGAAAAGGAACGUGAAGAACUGUGGAAAAAACUGGAGGAUUUGGAGUUAAAGAGAGGUCUUAGACGUGAUGGAAUAAUUCCAACUUAACAAAAGAAACAAAGCAGCAUUAUUAACCUGUGGAGUCACACAUUUAUGUAGUAGAAGAUGGAGCAACAGUUUUCUGUAUUGUGCAACUUUACAGUAGAUUUCACAUUUGUUUCAUUAUUACAACACUGUAUAUAACUGUCUCUAAGUAAAGGAAAAAAUAAGGACUUUUAUCCAAAGUUUGGACAACAGAUGGACUUCUCAGAACUUUGCAAACAUAAUCAUUGUUUUGACCCUUCUUUAAAACCAGUCUUCAGAGAUCUUUUGAGGAAAAUUGCUAUGUUAAAAUUCCAUUGUCAGGACCCGUUCCUUAUUUAUCAUUAGCAGAAAGUAUGAUACAACUUUCAAAUGUGAACAAUCUUAAAUUUAGCUUGCCUUUCUGCUAAACUGUUCAAUGUAUUUAUAGUAAAAGAGAAAAAAAAGAUUGUCAUUUCCUUUUGAGUUUGUGUGACAUCCUCCUUCUCUGGAUAACUUUACUGUAAUUUGACAUUUUUUUUCCUUUUGCACAUCUUCAUAAGUUGAAUGUCCAUGCAAAUCAGGGCCAUGAAAAAUAGAGGUCCCUAAGGUUUUGUUUACUGGUGUGAGCAUCUUUCUGGUACCAGGCUAGUACUGGUACUUCUUCAGUGCAAACAUUAGGAAGAAGAAUGAAAAGGUGAUAAACAUAGUAGGGAAGGAAAUUUCAGAUUAAUGUAUCGAUUUAUUGUGAAUCCACAGUGUCUUGAAUCCUUUGAAAAUGGGCAAUGGUAACACCAUGAACUUCAGUACCUAACCAGUAUUAGUUACAUGUCAUAUGACAUAUACCAGAGCUGUUUUGGUAAUACUAAUGGCUAAAUGAUUACAGUAGAUAUACAUUUUAUUGGACCAUUUUGAAAUUAUAACGACAAACGCUAAACAGUACAAGCAUGAAAUUGAUUUCCAGUGGUCAUGGAUCUAAUUGGGAACAGAGCUGAGCAAACAGUUUGGACUGUUUGGAGUUGUUGCCUUACUUUUUAAUAUGUAUUUAUAAAGUAUUCCAGCAGAAGAGGAUGUAGCCUCUAAAAACAUAUUAUAGUGUGUUUGUGACCGUACUCAUCACAGCGCCAGCCCUAUGGAUUUAGCUGGAAAGGAUUGUGGAUAAUAUACUUCUGCAUUCUGAAGUGGAUGCUCAUUCCUAACUACUGUAUUUGUUACCAGAAGUGGUUCUACAAAUGCUACUGAAAAACAAAUUCUGGAAAUCCUAAUGUCCUGAGUAUUAAUAAUAAAGUUUAAAAUGCUUUUAUAUCCAAGGUGCAUUGUGACCAAAUUGUUUAAAAGAAAAAUAAGAGGGCGGCUGUAAUAUAAGUAUGCAUUAUUGGCUAUCUGCUUUGUAUUUAAAAGUGGAAUCUUACAUCUUUGGUCAGUAAAAUGCUGAUAAGACUUGUGUACAGUAUAUAUUUAGCUAAUGCAGUUGCAUUAUUAUAUACUGAAAGGUAUAUGUUUCAGGAUUUUUCUCCAGGAUGCUUUUGAACUGUUAUAGACCUAUGACAGUGAGUUGAUAGUACCAAACCAUCAAUCCAGCAGUAUUUAUGGUAUAAAGCUGACUUGGUGUUCAUGAGUCUUUGUGUUAGUUGCAAACAUGAACUUAUGACCUGUUGCCAUUGAUAGAAAUACAGUAUAAGCUAGAGCUUGUAUAUUUUUUUCUUCCUACCAUUCAAAUGUACAGUAGAAUUUGAGGUUUUCUUGUUUCCAGGUUGGAAAAAAAAAAAGCGGGAGGGGAGCAGGAAUCCAAUCCCAGGUUACUGACUGUUUCAGGAUUAUCAGUUCACAGUUUGUACACAUUGGUCUGCACAUUGGAUGUUGGAAAUGCAACAACUUUGUAAAAGCUUGACACUGUUAAUUCUGAAAAAAGAACAGAAGUGAAUCAGUCAUCUGCAACCCAAAACGCCACAACAUGGUUUAAUGGGAUUAAUAUAAGCCUCUUAUAAGAACACUGACUGGGACUCAAUGUAAACUUGGCAGAUACUGUCAUAAGUGAAACAUUUUAUUUUAAAAGUGCUGGAACAAAGGUGCAAGCUCAAAUACUGAAGAUUAAAUAAAUUUAUAAAAAAACA